AUGGCACAGGAGACCGGGCCAGUGCUAUGUGCAGCGGUGGCAGCAGCGGACACGGGCCUCCUGCAACGAGGCAGGGCCAGUGCUGUGUGCAGCGGUGCCAGCAGCGGACACGGACCUGCUGCAGCGUCUGCUCUCCCACGGAACAUGUUGAGGCAUGACAAAUGGUCUUCCCAUUCGUCCGAGCCCCUCCCUCCCUCCCUCACUCACCCACAGGAGGCAGGGCCAGUGCUGUGUGCAGCAGUGGCAGCAGCGGACACGGACCUGCUGCAGCGCCUGCUGUCCCACGGGGUGCAUCCCAGUGCGAGUGACUACGACCAGCGCUCCCCGCUGCACAUCGCCGCCAUCAAGGGCCACCUGCACGUCGCCUGCCUACUCGUCGACCACCACGCUGACGUGGCAGCCCGUGAUAGUGUGGCUGCUACAGUUGGAGUGCUUCAGAAGGGGGGAAGAGAGGUACAGGGUGGUGAUGCUGAGACCAUGGAAGUGGCUUCAGGCAAUUGUGCUGAGUUUACUGGCGUACAGUAA